AUGUGGAUAACACUAGCGUUGUUGGUUACGUUGCCUCUACUAGUUGUAAGUAGUCCACUGCGUCGUCGAAAAGAUGAAAGAGCCGAUGUGGACGAACUACAAAUACAUGUGCUGCCAAGCGGUGUUCCGAAAGAAAAACAGUGGGAAGAGGCAAAUGAAGAUGUUUUGCCUAAUCACCUAGAAGGUGUACGAAUGCAGCGAGAUGGAGAGUUCAACAAGGAGUUUGACCGUGAAGCAUUUCUUGGUUUACAAAAGAAAGAGUUUAAUGGUGUGACUGAAGACCAAGGUCAGGAGAAACUAAGAAAGAUAUUUGAAGUAGCUGACCAGGAUGGAGACAUGCUUCUUAGCCAAACAGAGCUGAAGGAUUGGAUACAAAACAAGAUUUUAGAAUAUUUUCGACGGUCACAUAAUGACAACAACCAAAGAUUUCAUGAAAUGGAUGCUAACAAUGACAGACGAAUUACAUGGGAUGAAUACGUGGCUCAACUGCAUGUGCCUGAAGGGACUAAUCGUAAAGUUUUACUGAAAGCUGCCGAGUUUCACAGGCCACAUUCUCGAGACAGGGAUCAUGUUGGUAACAACACAGAAAGUCCUAAUGGUGAGGAGAGAAACCUGCAUGAUUUGUCAGAUGAGGAACAGGUAGCUAGUGAAUUUCUAAGUCGUGAUCAAGACACUUGGGAGAUGGCAGAUCAAAAUCGUGAUGGAGAAUUGCAGGAAGAAGAAUUCCUAUCUUUUCAACAUCCUGAGCAAAACAGAAAAACACUACAAGGGUUUGUGUCUGAUGUCAUUGAAAGUAUGGACAAGAAUAAUGAUAGACUGCUGACAUUGCAAGAGUACACAGGAUUGGACACUCCCAAAGAUCAGUGGAGUAAAGAAGAUGAAGAUUUCUUCAGAAAUAGGGAGGAAGAGUUUAGAGAUAUGGUGGACAGCAAUGCAGAUGGAAUAGUGGAUAAGGAUGAAAUGGAGGCACAUUUAGACCCACGAAGUGAACAGCAUGCAAUGAAUGAAGCACUGCAUUUGAUAACAAUGGCAGACACGAACCAAGACAAGAAACUUUCUCUUGAAGAAGUAAUUGAUAACUAUGAAGUCUUUGUUGGCAGUCCGAUGGUCAAUGUAAGUCGGUCAUUCCAUGAUGAGUUCUAAAGUGCAUCAUUUCAAUGAGGCAGGAGAUAUGGUUCAUUAUACUGAUUAGAGUAACGUUAGUCUAAACAGAAUGGGCAACUUUCAAUAAUACAUAUAGAUUUUUCUAUUCAUGGACCUCUGUUGCAUCAAUAUUUGAGUCAAGCAGGCUUGGUGUUUGUUACAAUUUGGUGUGGACCGAUUGAAUUUGAGACAAUGUGCACUAUC